UUCUCUUGAUCUCUGACGAACAUGGUAUUGACUCUGCUGGCAACUACCACGGGGGCAGUGACCUGCAGCAGGAACGCAUCAAUGUGUACUACAACGAGGCCAGCGGUGGCUGGUACGUGGCCCGUGGUGUGCUCGUGGAUCUGGAGCCGGGCACCAUGGACUCUGUGCACUCAGGGCUCUUCGGGCAGAUCUUCAGGCCAGACAACUUCAUCUUUGGUGAGCUGUGGAUGAGGACUGGGGUGCGGCUCCUUAGCCAGGGCAGCUCAAAGUCAGCGAGUGCCCCAAGGUCAUUUCUGUGGGAACUGUGGAACCAGGGCCCCUGAACACCCUCCCAUCCUCU